GAGAGAGAGAGACAGAGACAGUUAGAGAAAGAAGGGGACUCAGACACUCAGACAGAUAUGACCAAGACAGCAGCUCUAGCAACCAUGGACUUCUGCAAUAUGUGGGUAGAAGAAAUCAGGAUGUCAAAGCCAGUUGAGGUUGAGAACACAGUGGCUGACUCUCCAAUGGAGAGCGCAGAUUCAGAGCGGAAUGGUCCUGACUCAAAUCAUCAGCUUCAGCAGAUGAAAAUCAGUCCCUUUCACCUUUCUCCAACCCUCAGCAGCAACAAGAAUAAGAUGGAAGAGUGUGGUGAGAUGUCCCCGGGCCCUGCUCCCCACCACAGCCACGCCCCCUCACAGACGCCCCUCCCACACACACAGCUCAUGCUGACCGGCUCCCAACUGGCAGGGUUGACAGCUCUCUUGCCAGCUCAGCAGCAGUUGUUACUGCAGCAGGCUCAGGCUCAGCUUCUAGCUGCAGCUGUGCAGCAGUCUGUUCAGCAGUCCAACGCAGCUCACGCAGCUCACGCAGCUCAUGCAGCCCACGCAGCCGCCCAAGCCAAUCAGCAAGCUCAGGCAGCCGCAGCAGCCAAUCAACAUGCCCAGCAGCAGGCGGGACAGACAGGGCAGCAGGGCAAAUCACAGCCCCAGGGACAGAGCACACAGGAACAGACAGGUCAACCUGUCCCUGUCCCGCCCACUCAUCCUCAGCUCACCCUCUCUCAGCCAAUUCAGCUCACCGCCCAGGACAUCCAGCAGUUGUUGCAGCUGCAGCAGUUGGUUCUGGUGCCAGGACACCACCUGCAGUCUCCUCAGUUCCUCCUCCAACAGCACCAAGGGCAGCAAGGCCUACUGAUUCCCUCACUUCUUCACUCAUCAGGACUGCUAUCAACACCAAAUCUGAUUCAGCUACCUCAGCAAAACCAAGGGAGCCUCCUGUCCACUCCCAGGCUGGGGCUCCAAGCACAGAGAGAUAAGGCUAUGGAGGGCAGUGGGGUCAUGACCUCUGUGUCCUCUGUGACCUCUCACCCCGAGGAGCCCAGUGACCUUGAGGAACUGGAGGUGUUCGCCCGCACCUUCAAACAGAGACGCAUCAAACUGGGCUUUACACAGGGUGACGUGGGAAUGGCCAUGGGGAAGCUAUAUGGUAAUGAUUUCAGCCAGACCACCAUCUCUCGCUUCGAGGCCCUCAACCUGAGCUUUAAGAACAUGUGCAAACUCAAACCACUACUGGAGAAGUGGCUCAACGAUGCAGAGACCAUGUCCACAGACAGUACUAUGCCCAGCCCCAGCUCUCUGUCCUCUUCCUCAAUGGGCUUCGAGGGCCUGCCGGGCCGACGCAGGAAGAAAAGAACCAGCAUUGAGACUAACGUCCGCGUGGCCCUGGAGAGAGCCUUCAUCACGCAGAACCAGAAGCCUACCUCAGAGGAGAUCCUGUGUAUCGCGGACCAGCUCAGCAUGGAGAAGGAGGUGAUCCGCGUGUGGUUCUGCAACCGCCGACAGAAAGAGAAGCGUAUCAACCCCAACAGUGCCACCCCUCCCUUGCCCAGCCAGCCCCCCCCCAAGCCCCACCGACGCACAAACCCCCCCUGCUACAGCCCACACAUGAUGUCCAGUCAGCUGUCCAAUCAGCUGUCCAGUCAGAUGUCCAGUCAGCUGUCCAGUCAGCUGUCCAGUCAGCUGUCCCAGGCAGUGACCAGCCUCAGCACCACAUUGACCACAAUGUCAUCGUUCUCCCCUCUGAUCCCCAGUGGUCCCACCCACUCAUCUCUUAGCUCCGCCUCCUCCCCAGUGACUCCUCCUCGCAGCACAGCCAGCCCAGCCACUCCCAGCCACAGCACACUGAGUCUCAACACAGGCUUAUGGCGUUUGGGUAAAAAGAAUGGUGAUGUGUCUAACUACAUCACCGAUUUUGCUGCAAACUUGAGGAACACUGUGAUGGGAGUAAACACAGGGAACCAGGCUCUGAACCAAGCUCUCCUCAGCAACAACCCUCUGGCUACUAUACAAGCCCUAGCAGCCAGUGGUGGCCAGCUGCCCCUUUCCAGUCUUGAGGGAGGCAGUAAGGUGUUGCUGGGUGGUGCAGGGGGGCAGGGAGGGGGUCUCCAGUCCUCCUUUUUCCUCAACCACCCCGCUUUCCUCCACAUGGGCCACAAUCCUGGUGCUGGAUUGGUCAGCGCUGCCGUAGCCAAAGCAUCCCAGCCCUCCCCUUUCCCCUCCACCAGUAGCAUAAGCCCCACCCCCUGCUCCCCCUCCCCUUGCUCCAGCCCCGCCUCUUCCUGCGACUUCGAUGAAUUGGCGCACAGCCCAUCCUCAUUGGGAGGGGCUAAGAUUGAGUGACACAGCCAAGUGCCAAACAGAGAGGAGGAGGAGAAAGGAGGAAAUGACAACCUCGCCUUUCAACCAAAGCUAUCUCUUUUAUCACUCUCGCCCUACACUCUCUCUCUAUUUCCCCCAGUCUUUCGAUACCAAAAAUACACAGAAUGAAAGAGAGGAGAGGGGGGAGUCAGAAGUGAAAAGGGGGAGAAGGGGGGAAAGUGGAAGAUUGAAACCAAAAAUCUUUAUCUAUCCAAAGUGAUGGAGGAGGCAUCGUGGGACUGUUUAGUCAAUACUGAGCGAUAUCGCACCUCUCCUUUCUGUCUCUCUUUCUUCCCCAGGAAAAUAAACCAAUGACAAAUAACAGGAGUAGAGAUGUGUCGAAUCGCGUGAACCAAAAAUGACUAAAAUAAACAUUACUGUGUGUUUUGGGGGAAUGGUGGCAAGGACAGAAAAAAGAAGUGGAUGAUUUUCUUUGAAAAGCUGAAGGUCUGAAAGAGGAGGAGAUGGGAGGAGGAUUUUAAACCAAAAAUGUACCUGAGGAGGAGAAGAGGAACGCACGAUGACAAAAAUCAACAACCAUACCAAAAUCCCAGAAACCAAAAAUACGGAAGGAAAAGCUUUAUCCAAACGACUUGUACAUACUGAUCCUAUCCAGGACCAGGACUCUGCUACACACACACACACACACACACACACACACACACACACACACACACACACACACACACACACACACACACACACACACACACACACACACACACACACACACACACACACACACACACACACGAUAUCCACAGCCGAUCACAUUCAUCUAUCCAUCUGAUUAGUCAUCCACCCUUCAUGUCUGUCAUAGUCUGUCACUCACUUUCACUGCAGUUAUAUUGUUUCUGUGGGAUAUUUGAGAUUGUUAUAAAUGGUUGAUACUGAACGAG